UGGGUGUGUUUUUCCGUUCCGUUACGCUCGCUCCAGUGUGAAGGAGUUUUUAAAAGAGACAAAAACGAUGCCGAGCAGACUGGCAACAAGGCCGGCCGAAUAACGUUAUUUGUCGGAACGGUUUUGGGCUGGUGCUAAAGAAACCGUUUGGCUAGUCGCUCCCGCCGCGUUGGGGUAACGGUGUUUACAUAUGCUCUUGGCAGCAUGCGUCAAAUGGCAAUCCGAUUCAACGUUUAUCCCGUGUCCCGCUCAAGGCGGUGAUUCGUGCGAUUGGCUCCUGUCCAGCGGACGUUACUUAGGGGAGAAUGUUUGGCAGCCUUAUGGCUGCAUGAUGCACAAUUACAAAAACACUGAAGCCAAAACCUGCCUUUCCGAAAAGCGAGUGGCCUUUGUCGGAGAUUCCCGAAUCCGGCAGCUGUUUUACUCCUUCAUUAAACUCAUAGAGCCUGGCCGAAGAGAAGAUGGGAAGAAGCAUGCGGACAUCACUUUUGAAGAAAAGAGCGCUUCUCUUUAUGUGGAAUUCCUGUGGUAUCCAGAGGCGAAUAAUUCAAUGAAGGAGCGUUUGGUAUCAUGGACACGUGAAGGCUCCGCAAGGCCCGAUGUUGUCAUCCUCGGGGCUGCAACGUGGUCCAUCAAACUGCACGGCGGCAGCAGUGAGACUUUACAGCAGUACAAAGUCAAUGUGACCACCAUGGCCCCGCACCUGGAGAGGCUGGCCCAGUACGGAGAAGUCUACUGGGUCCUUCAAGAGCCAGUCAACGAGGAGGUGUUGAGAAAGGACAGGAAGGUGAUCACCAACCAAUUACUGGAGCUCUACAACGAAGCCGCGGUAGACGCACUUAAUGGCAGCAAGCGCAACAGCAGGUCGCAGGUCAAGCUGCUGGCCGCCUCUCGCCAAGCGGCACUGGGGACCAUCAACCAGUCAGACGAUGGACUGCACAUACCUGAAGGCGCCAGAAAUAUUGGCGCCAUGGUACUGAUGAACGCCGUGUGCAACAAGUUCCAGAGGUACAUUGACGGUUCCUGCUGUCAGACGGCCCCUCCGCCCAACCUCCUCCAGAAUCUCGCCGCGUGCUUCUUUGCGGGCUCCGCCCUCGUCCUCCUGUGCUUCCACGUCCUCGGCAACAACCGGCACCACUGGGCCGCGCCGCCGGAUGCGGAGAGCCUCGAAGAGAAGAAGCCCACGAGCGCGGUGGCCCCACUCGGCCUCAAGGCGCCGUUCCAGGCCACGUGCAGGAUGGGCGUCAUCAUGGCGUACUUUUACCUUUGUGAUCGGGCCGACUUGUUCAUGAAGGAGCAGAAGUUCUACACGCACUUAACGUUCUUCAUCCCGCUCGUCUACAUAUUUGUGUUGGGGGUGUUCUACAGUGAAAACAGCAAAGAGACCCGAUUACUGAAUCGAGAGCAAACGGAUGAGUGGAAGGGCUGGAUGCAGCUCGUCAUCCUCAUCUAUCACAUAUCCGGAGCCAGCGCCUGCAUUCCUGUGUACAUGCACGUGCGGGUGCUGGUGGCCGCCUACCUUUUCCAGACUGGCUAUGGGCACUUUUCCUUUUUUUGGCUCAAAGGAGACUUUGGACUGUAUCGAGUGUGCCAGGUGCUUUUUCGUCUGAACUUCCUGGUGUUGGUGUUGUGUGUGGUGAUGGACAGGCCCUACCAGUUCUAUUACUUUGUCCCCCUGGUUACUUUCUGGUUCGUCAUCAUCUACGGCACGUUGGCCGUGUGGCCUCAGAUCCUGCAGAAAAGGGCCACCGCCAGUGGCAUGUGGUAUCUGGGUGUCGUGCUCAAGUUUCUGGCGCUUCUGGGGUUCAUCUGCAUCUUGGCUCACUCACAGGAUUUCUUUGACAGCGUCUUCUCCUUUUGGCCCUUCUCCAAGCUUUUUGAAAUGAACGGGAGCAUCUACGAGUGGGGUUUCCGAUUCAAGCUGGACAGAUUUGUGGUGAUCCACGGGAUGCUGUUCGCCUUCGUCUACCUGGUGCUGCAAAAGCGCCAGGUGCUGUCCGAGGGCAGAGGGGAAGCGCUGUUCUCCACUUGGAUCUCCAACCUGCUCCUCUUCCUCUCAGUCGUCACCUUCCUUACGUAUUCCGUGUGGGCCGGCAGCUGCAAAAACAAAACCGAGUGCAACGAGAUGCAUCCGUACGUCUCGGUGCUGCAGAUCAUGGCCUUCAUUCUAAUCCGGAACAUUCCCGGCUACGCCCGCUCCGUCUACAGCUCUUUCUUUGCCUGGUUUGGGAAGAUCUCUUUGGAGCUGUUCAUAUGCCAGUACCACAUCUGGCUGGCUGCAGACACCAAAGGAAUCUUGAUCCUGAUCCCGGGCAUCCCGUCGCUCAACGUCCUUGUCAGCACAUUCAUCUUCGUGUGCGUCGCCCACGAGAUCUCCCUCAUCACCAACGACCUGGCCCAGGUGGUCAUCCCCAAGGACACGGUGGCGCUCCUCAAGAGGCUGGGGGCCGUGGCGGUCCUGGCCCUGCUAACCCAGCUCUGGGCCGGACGCCGUCAGAGCACGCCCGGGACCCGAGUUCUCACCUGAAACUUUUUAAGCGUGGUACGACGACGUGACUUUCAAUGAACACUUUCUGACUGCUCUGAUAAGUCGCACACUGAAGAACAAUGGCCAAAAAAAAAAAAAAAAAUCCUCUUCAAAGGAAAACUGUUUUACACAUUUACGCUGCAAGGGGGAACGUACAAAAAAAAAAGAAGAAGAAAAAGCCCCAUUUCGGAACUUCCCGUCUCGAUUUCUACUCUCCGUCCACAUCGACCACACCACAGUGUACAGUAUAGUAUUUAAUAGUACAACAACCAAAAUACGGACCAACUAACUCUUCCGAUCAAAAUUCGGGACGACCCCUUUGAUGAUGAUAAUAUUUUUAGUGAGUAAAUCCUGUGCUAAAAAGUACUGUACUGUGGUCACCUGCUGUAGCUCUGAAAUUCUAUGUGAUAUGUACAGUAUUUAAUUAUUUAAAAUGAAGCUUAUAUUUUAUACUCUUGUACUUUUUUUGCGCGGCCACCAAGUGAAGAACAUAUUCCAUCCGAUUUGAUGAUGCGUUGUUUUUAAUUUUGUUCCAAUCUGCCUCAUUGAGCUGUGGUAGAACACGCACUGGUUGGCUCGAUUUGACUCCCAUUCGACACGCAGCUUUUCUUCACCGACUUCAUCUAAGUAGCCACCAAAAUGCACUGACUGGGCUGGAAAGACUGAAUUGUUCAUAUUUUUAUUAUUUGUCACCUGCCCACUCCUACGCAGGGUUCAGCACUUUUAAUUAACGACCCUUCAUCGCUGAGGACGAGUUCACGUGCAGCUAAUUUUCUGCACCGAAGCAGAUUUUCACGACGAAAAUCUCGUUUUUUUUUUGGCACGAUAAAGAAUGUGUGAUGCGCACACUUUACUGCAAAUAAUUUUGGAAGUUGCAUUUUGUAUUUGCAUUUGAGGCACAAAUGAUUUGAGUGUCAACCUCCAAUAAUUGUCGUGCCUGCCCUCACUCACCUCAUCGCCGACUCCACGAUGAUCGGAGCAACGUUUGUUUAACGGCGGUACUUUUUGCUCUCUGGCCUUAAUGGUUUGAAUUUUGGUCGUGUAAAAGCAACAACUAUUUAUACUCUUUGAAAUAUGUUACACAUUUUUUUUUGUGGUGUUAAAAUGUGAAAUGUAUCCAUAUUUAUAAAUGCCUUUUAUUCUUCUGUACAGAACUGAUGACAAUAAUGUCAUAAAAUGUGCAGUUUUGGC